AUGAAACAAUCACUUUCUAAUGAUUUGGUAGAAGUUUUAAUUAAACCAAAUAAUAUGAGAACAGCUAUUGAAAUAAGGCAUAUAGCAAUAUGGUUUAAAGAGAAUAUUAUGGCAUUUAAAGAUGUUUCUAUAGAGAUACUCAUGAAACUGGUAGCUGAAUGUAAAGCGGAAUUCAAAUAUCCCCAUGAGAUAAUAAUUCGAGAAGGCGAUAUUGGUGACUGCAUGUAUGUAUUACUCUCUGGUCGUGUAUCGGUUCAUUAUCGUAGAGAUCAAAACGCUGUACCAAAUGAAGAGAUACAUGAAUUAGUGAAUGUUAAAUCCAACAGUUUUAUACCUGUUAAACAAAAUGUUUCAGACACUGUUAACGAAGAACUCGGGCCUCAAGUCGGUCAACUAGAAGCUGGUUCAGUAUUUGGUGAAGUUGCAUUAAUUGAAGAUUGUUUAAGAACUGCAAGUAUUUUAGCUUUACCAAAUACUAUUGAAUUCAACCAAUAUGAACCAUCUAAUCAACAACAACACGAACAACAACAACAACAGAGGCAACAACAACAACAACAACACCACCUAUUACCAAUAAAACAAUCUGUUUGUUUAAUCAAUAUAUCAAGAAUAUUAUAUAAUAAUACUGUACGUCAAGCCAUUGAAAAAGAAUUUUAUGAAAGGAUAAAAUAUGUUAAAAAUAUAAUUUAUUUUCAACAUUUAUCAGAUAAAAUAAAAAAACAAAUUGCUAUGAGUUUAAUUAAACAAACCUAUGAAUAUAAUCAAAUCAUUUUAAAACAAAAUAGUAUAUUCAAUGGUUUAUACUUUAUUCAAAGAGGUGAACUCCGAAUAGAACUUCAUGUGAAACAUUUUCAAAAUUCUACGACUUACCGAAAUAAUUCUAGAUCUGUAAAAUAUGAUCUACCAUUGAUGAAUGGAUCCAAUCCUAAUACACCUGAGAAAACAGGUUCAUUAUGUAUUGGUGAUUUAGAAUUUUUAUUUAAAUAUCCAAAAUAUUUAUUUACUAUUAUAUCAAAUACAUCUAAUACAAUAAUAUAUUAUAUGAAUAUAAAAAAUGCACAAAGAUAUAUAUUAAGUUACUAUACAAAAUAUAAUAAUAAUUAUUAUAAUUAUCAAUCAUUUAUGUCAUUUUUAACACUGUAUCAAUUUAUUAAUUUAAUACAAUUAAGAUUAAUUAAUUUAAUUAUUUAUAUACCAAAUAAUUUAAAAAUUAAUUUAUUAAAUUCAUUUAAUAAUUUAUUAAAAGAAAAAUUAAAUAAUUAUGAAACAUAUUUAAAAUUUAUUAAAUUUAAAAAUUUAAAAAAUAAUUUAAAUUUAAUAAAAUUAAAACAAUUUCCUAUUAAUAAUAAUAAUAAAAAUUAUUAUUUAAAUGAAAAUAUUAUUAUUAAUAAAAAUAAUGAUAUUAAUAAAUUAUUCAAUAAAAAUAAUCAAUUAAAUGAAUCAAUUAAAAAAAUAAAAAAACAAAAACAUUUUUUAAAUUUUUCUAAUAAAAUCAAUAAUCUAUCAUUUGAUUUAUUGAUUACAUCAGAAAAUAAUUUUAAAACAUUGAAUCAAAAUUUAUUGAUUAGUAAUAAUAAUAAUAAAAAUAAUAAUAAUUUACAAUUAAAUCAAUUAAAUCAAUUCAUUAAUGAUAAUGAAUUAAAAGAAAUAAUUCAUUCAAAUUUACCAUAUCAUUAUAAAUUAAAUGCUGGAUAUUUAUUAGAACAAUUAAAUAAUGAAAAUUUACAAAUAAAAAUACAAAAUUUUAUUAAAAAUUUAAAUGAAUUUAAUAAAAAUCAAUUAAAUGAAAAUUUUGAAUAUUUAAAUUAUUAUACAAUUAUUCCUAAAAAGACACUCGACGAGCCAGAAAAAUCGUCUUUGGUGAACUACAAAAGAAAACUUCUUCCAUCGUCUGUUGGUAUGUGUAGUUGGUUACCAAAUAUGUAA